AUGACCAAGAUUGACGCUCUCCGUCGAUUCCUCCUCCCCUGCUUCUCCUCUGCCACCGCCGCCUCAGCCGCCGCCGCUCCCCACCACACUACCAAGAAGCGGAUCAGCACUUCUCUCCGCGACGACCUCCCGGACGACGCCGUAUCCUCCAAGAAGGAUCCCCAAGACGACGAUGACCAGCAAGACCCGGAUUCCUCCACAUCCACCGAUCAGAGCGCCAGCCUGGCGCCAUCUCGGCCGUCCAAGACCAUGGUGAUCGGAACCAUAUUCGGCAACCGCCGCGGCCACGUGUGGCUCUGUUUCCAGCACGACCGCCUGGCCACGAAGCCGCUGUUGCUCCUCGAGCUCUCCGUCCCGACGCACCAGCUCGUCAAGGAGAUGAAAUUCGGGCUCGUCCGGAUCGCCCUGGAGUGCACCCGACCCGAGUUCCGCUCCUGCCCGCUCCGCUCCGUGCCAGUGUGGACGAUGAAUUGCAACGGUAAAAAGCUAGGGUUCGCAGCGAGGAGGAAAGUGAGCGAGCGCAAUCGGCAGAUGCUCAAGACGAUGCAGUCUACGACGGUCGGGGCGGGAGUGAUUCCGGCCGGAGUCGGGUCGCCGGAGGAGGUGAUGUACAUGAGGGCGAAUUAUGAGCAUGUGGUGGGCAGCGCUAACUCGGAGUCGUUUCAUUUGAUUAACCCGGACGAGUGGGAGGGUCAAGAACUGGGCGUGUUCUUGAUCAGGAGCUGCUGA